AUGGAUGGGUUAAAGAAAAUAAAUUUGAUUCAAAAAAUAAAUGAAAAGUUAUAUGACCAUUUAGGAAUCGAAGAUGAUAAUUUAACAGAAUUUUUAAUUUUUUUAUGUGAGAAAUCUACAUGUUUAGAAGAGUUUUGUAAGGAGGUCUUUGAAAAUGGUGGAGAGAUCGAACAAUCAGUGCUUAAAAAUAUUUACAAUUUAAUAAAACAAUCAAACACUGAAAUAAAUGAUGAUAAAAAUGUUAAUAAACAAUCUGUGGGAAAUGGAAAGGACAGCAAUUAUAAUCAUGUUUCAAAAGAAAUUCAACAAAUCGAAAAAAAAAAUGAAAAAAUGAAAAAGUUUGGAUGCUUAUCAAUUAAAAACACCACCAAUCUGCCCCCCCUCACUGACCAGAGUAGCGAAGAAGAAGAAGAAGAAAAGGGGGGGGGAAAGGGGGAAAAGUACAAAAACAAGGGCAGGGACAAGGACAGGGAAGAAGAAAAGGGGGAAAAGUUGGCAGACAAGGACAGGGGCAGAGACAGGGACAGGGGCAAGAGGAAAGACAAGGACAGAGACAAUUGGGCAGACCGAGAGGACAAAAAGAGUAGAGAAUCGAAAUAUGGGUCGGAUGAUGUAAGAAAUAUAAAGAAAGUAAAAUACGACGAAAAUAGUGAAGAUGAUUAUAGAGCAUUAAAAAUUAAUAAUAUAUUUAGUGGGAAAAUAAAAAAGAUUACAGAUUUUGGAAUGUUUGUUUCGUUUAAAACGAGAGAAGGAUAUAAAGAAGGGUUAGUACAUAUAACAGAUAUUGAAAAAAAUAAUAAAAGAAUAAAUUUAAAUGAUAAAUUUAAAAGGAAUAUGAUUGUUAAAGUUAAAAUAAAAGGAAUAUUUGGGGAAAAAAUUAGUUUAAAUAUGUCGGAGGUUGAUCAAAAAACUGGUAAAAAUUUAGCUAAUAAUAAUAAGGAAGAAAAUAAUGAUGAAAAUAAAACAUGUUAUUUUGGUAAUAAUGAUGAUAAUGAAUUUAAACAUAAAAAAAAUAAAAAUAAAAAUAAUAAAUAUUAUGAACAUUUGGAUGAUCCAAAAGAAGCAAUAAAAUAUGAAAGUGUGAUAAAAAUGAAAAGUGAUUAUUCAAAAUGGGAAAUACAACAAUUAAUAAAAAGUGGAAUAGUAUAUGAUGAAAAUAUAAAAAAUGAAUAUAAAAAUUUAAAAAAUGAAGAAAAAAUAGAUGAUGAAGAAGAAAUUAUUGAAAUAGAAGUUAGUGAAAAAGAACCCAAUUUUUUAAAAGGUCAAACUACAAAAGCAGGUGCAAAUUUAUCACCUAUACAAAUUAUUGUAAACAGUGAAGGAACAUUAGCUAAAGCAAUAACAACAACAUCAGCAUUAACUAAAGAAAGAAAAGAACAAAAAAAAAAUGAACAAAAUGCACUUUUUGAUUCUAUACCUAAAGAUAUAAGUAGACCUUGGGAAGAUCCUAAUCCAAAUUUAGGAGAAAGAACAAUAGCAGAAGCAUUAAAAAAUGUCGGAAAAAAUUAUGAUUUACCAGAUUGGAAAAAAAAUUAUAUAAAUAAUAAUAUUUCAAUUGGUAUCAAAAAUCCAUUACCUUUAACUGAACAAAGAGAAAAAUUACCUAUUUAUAAUUUAAAACAAGAUUUAAUGAAAGCUAUAAAAAAAAAUAAUGUUCUUAUAGUUAUUGGUGAGACAGGAAGUGGGAAAACAACACAAAUACCUCAAUAUUUACAUGAAGCCAAAUAUACAGAACAUGGGAUUGUAGGAUGCACACAACCAAGAAGAGUUGCUGCUAUGUCAAUUGCAAAAAGAGUCAGUGAAGAAUUUGGUUGCAUAUUAGGACAAGAAGUUGGAUACUCUAUACGUUUUGAUGAUUGCACUUCUACCGAUACUAUAAUUAAAUAUUUAACGGAUGGUAUGCUUUUAAGAGAAGCCCUAAGUGACACUAUGCUUUCCAGAUACUCUUUUAUAAUACUUGAUGAGGCUCACGAAAGAACAAUCUCAACGGAUAUUCUGUUUUGUCUCCUAAAGGAUGUUAUUAAAAAGAGAUCUGAUUUCAAACUCAUCGUCACAUCUGCUACUUUAGAUGCAGAAAAAUUCUCAGCGUACUUUUUCAAUUCUCCCAUUUUUACAAUUCCAGGAAAAAUCUUUCCAGUCGAGAUCCUGCAUUCUAAGGAACCCGAAAGUGAUUACGUAGAGGCAUGUCUGAUCACAGUUUUAAAUAUCCACUUAAAUGAGCAUCCUGGAGAUAUUUUAGUAUUUUUGACAGGACAAGAAGAAAUUAAUACAGCUUGUGAAAUAUUACAUGAACGUAUGAAAAAGUUAGAAAAUAUGUCUCCACCACCUUUAAUUAUAUUACCAAUAUAUUCAUCACUUCCAUCAGAAAUGCAGAGUAUCAUAUUUGAGCCUGCACCACCAGGAUGUAGAAAAUGUAUAUUAGCAACAAACAUAGCAGAAGCUAGUUUAACAAUAGAUGGUAUAUUUUUUGUAAUAGAUCCUGGAUUUUGUAAAAUAAAAAAAUAUGAUUCUAAAAGAGAUAUGGAUUCAUUAAUAAUUGCUCCAAUAUCUAAAGCAAAUGCUAAACAAAGAGCAGGUAGGGCUGGUAGAACUGGGCCUGGGAAAUGUUAUCGGCUUUAUACUGAAGAGGCUUAUAAAAAUGAAAUGGCAGAAACUAGUGUUCCAGAAAUACAACGAAUAAAUUUAGGAAGCAUAGUAUUAUUAUUAAAAGCAUUAGGUGUUAAUGAUUUUUUACAUUUUGAUUUUAUGGAUUCUCCAUCUAUUGAAACGCUUAUAUAUUCUCUAGAAAGCUUAUAUUAUUUAGGGGCAUUAGAUGAUAAUGGAUAUUUAACUAAAUUAGGAAAAAAAAUGUCAAAUUUUCCAAUGGAACCUAAUUUAUCUAAAAUUUUAUUAACAUCUAUUAAUUUUAAUUGUACUGAUGAUAUAUGUACUAUUGUUAGUAUGAUCAGUGUUCAGAAUAUUUUUUAUAGACCUCAAAAUAAAAUUUUAUUAGCUGAUAAAAAAAAAAAUAAAUUUAUAAUGCCACAAGGAGAUCUAAUAACAUAUUUAAAUAUUUAUAAUAAAUGGAAAGAAAAUAGUUUUUCAAAUUAUUGGUGUCAUGAAAAUUUUAUUCAAUCAAGAGCAUUAAAACGGGCUCAAGAUGUUAGAAAACAGUUGUUAUCUAUUUUUGAAAAAUAUAAUUAUCAAGUUAAAAAAAGAGAAAAUGAUAUUAGCAAUUCUACGAAUUAUGUUAAUAUAUGUAAAAGUAUAUGUUCAGGAUAUUUUAACCAUGUAUGUAAAAGAGAUAAUCAACAAGGAUAUACAACAUUAUUAACAAAUCAGCAAGUUUUUAUACAUCCAUCUUCAACUCUUUUUAGUAAAAACCCAUUAUUUGUUGUAUAUCAUGAACUUGUUUUAACCAAUAAAGAAUACAUAAGAGAUUGUACAAUAAUUCAGCCUCAAUGGCUAAUACAAUUAGCACCUAACUUAUUUAUACCAGCUGAUGAAAAAAAAAUAUCAAAAAUUAAACUUCGAGAAAAGAUCGAACCAUUACAUAAUUAUUAUGAGGAACCUAAUGCUUGGCGAUUAUCUCGAAGAAAAGGAUAA